AUGAGUCCCUCUGCCAGCCUGCUGCUGCUUCUCCUGCUCGGCCUCUCUCAGGCACUUUCUCUCCAGGAGGAAGGAAGCACAGACAAUGGAGAAGAAGCACAAGUAGACAAAGAUGUGGAAGAAGAAAUAGACAUAGAAGAAGAAGAAGAAGUCCCUGAUAGUGUGGACAUCACCACCAGGAUCCUGACCUCUAACAACGCCACGGACGAGAUCCUGCUGGAAGGAGACCUGCUGGCUCCCCGAACCAGAAACGCCAUCAAGUGCUGGUACCAGAAGUGCCUGUGGAGGAAAGCCUCCAAUGGCCUGGUGAUGAUCCCCUUCACCGUGAGUGGCCAGUUCACCAGGAGGGAGAGGCGGAUGAUGGACUACGCCAUGAAGGUGUACCACAGCAGAACCUGCAUCCGCUUCGUCCCCCGUACCAACCAGUACGACCACAUCAGCAUCGAGAGCAGAGCUGGGUGUUUCUCCUCUCUGGGCAGACAGGGAGGCAGACAGGUGCUCUCUCUCAACAGGCGGGGCUGCCUCUACCACGGCAUCAUCCAGCACGAGAUCAACCACGCUCUGGGCUUCCAGCACGAACAGACCAGGAGUGACCGAGACCGCUACGUCCGGAUCAACUGGCAGAACAUCAACUCACAGAUGUCCUACAACUUCUACAGGCAGUCCACCAACAACCUCAACACUCCCUACGACUACUCCUCCAUCAUGCACUAUGGAAGAACAGCCUUCUCCAUCAACGGGAGAGACUCCAUCACCCCCAUCCCAGACCCUAAGGUCCAGAUCGGCCAGAGGAGGGGCAUGUCCUACUGGGACAUCAGGAGGAUCAACCUGCUCUACGGAUGCUGA